AUGAAGGCUCACCCUCGCCGCUCUGUGCGAGUGCUCUCUGGUAUCCCCGCCUCCUACUCCAAUGUCCGAUUCGUGAGCCGCACCAGCAAUGCAAAGUCGUCGUUGGCUGCGGCCUCGACCUCCUCCAACGGCGUGUGGCAGCAGGUUCCCCCCUCGCCCAAGAAGGAUUCCACCUCUCCGCUGGCGAAGCUGCCCUUGUCCUCGGUCUUUCGAUCACUGUUGAUCCUGUCUGUGUCCUCUUCCUCACUGCUCUUGAAACCAUGCAUCUAUACCCUGUCCAUGCUGGCUCACCCCAAGACUCCCGUCCUGGAUGUCGCCAAAAACCCUCUCCUGAAUCUCCUCGUGAAGCACACCCUGUACAAGCAGUUCAACGCCGGUGAAAACAAGCUGGAAGUCCAGCGUUCCAUCCAGGAGAUCAAGCGCCUGGGAUACCGUGGUGUAUUGCUGGGAUAUGCCCGCGAGGUUCUGGUGGGGGAGAGCACCGCCAAUCCCCUCGACGAGAAGGCCGCCCGGGAAGAGAUCCAGAUGUGGUUGGACGGAACCUUGCAAACUGUGGACAUGGCCCAGGAAGGGGAUUUUGUAGCCCUGAAAUUCACUGGUAUGGGAACUCAUGUCCUUCAGCUACUGCAGCAGCAGGCGGCUCCAUCACCAUUCAUCGACGCCGCCAUCAAGAAAGUGUGCGACUUGGCCAUCUCCCAAAAUGUUCGACUCUUGGUCGAUGCCGAGGAGCAGGCCGUGCAGCCGGGGAUUGAAGAAUGGACGAUGAAGUACCAGAAGUACUGCAACUCGCAGACCCCUGGUCGUGCCAUCUUCUAUAACACCUAUCAGGCGUAUCUGUGCUCGACCCCUGUGACGCUGGCCAAGCAUCUGGAGAUCUCUCGCCAGGAGGGAUACACCCUGGGCGUUAAGCUGGUCCGCGGUGCCUAUCUGAAAACUGAGCCCCGCCACUUGAUAUGGGCUACCAAGGAAGCCACCGAUAACUGCUAUGACGGCGUCGUGGAGGCUCUCCUGACUCGCCGCUACAACUCCAUGCUGCAGUCCGCGUCCAAGGAGUACACGACCGAGCUUCCUCCCGUCAACGUCAUCAUCGCCACGCACAACCGGGAGUCCGUCCGCAAGGCCCAUGCUCUCCGCAUGCAGCAAGCGAUUCAGGGCGAAAACCACGGCGUUGACCUCUCUUACGCUCAGUUGCAGGGUAUGGCCGACGAGGUCAGCUGCGAACUUCUACAGGGCUUCCAGGGUCCUGAGACGAGCGAGCCCUCAUCGUUGGAGUCGCCGAAUGUGUACAAGCUUCUGACCUGGGGAUCGGUCAAGGAGUGCAUGGGCUUCUUGCUGAGACGCGCGGUGGAGAACACUGAGGCGGUUGGUCGUACCAAGCAGUCCCAGGAGGCGAUGUUUGGCGAGCUCAAGCGACGAGUCUUCCGAGUGUUCGGUUCUGGCAACUGA